AUGGCUACACCUCAUUGCUUUUUCAUCCUUUCUCUUUCCCUACUUCUUCUCUUUCAUGGCUCCUUCUCUCUCCGGCAGCCGCGAGAUGAGUGCCAAGUAGAUAGGAUCAAUGCCCUUGAACCAGAUAACCGUGUUGAAUGCGAAGCCGGAGUAAUUGAUUCUUGGAAUCCAAAUGAAGAUCAGUUCCUGUGUGCUGGAGUGGCUGUUGUCAGGUGGACAAUUGAGCCCAGAGGCCUUCUAUUGCCAUCUUACAGCAAUGCUCCUCAACUUGUUUACAUUGUCCGAGGUAGAGGUGUGACUGGGAUCUCGUUCGCUGGAUGCCCUGAAACAUUCCAGGAGUCUCAACAACUAGGAGUCAGCACUAGAGUCCAAGACAAACACCAGAAGAUUCGACGUUUCCGCCAGGGAGAUGUCAUUGCUAUUCCCGCCGGUGUACCUCACUGGUGCUACAACGACGGCAAUGAACCAGUUGUUGCAGUUUCUGUCUUGGACGUCCACAACAGAGCCAACCAGCUUGACAUGAACCCUAGACACUUUUAUGUAGCUGGUAACCCAGAAGAUAUGUUCCAGCAACGAUUCGAUGAAACCCGUGAUCCUCGAGGCCCACGAGAGACCCGCCGCCCGUUCAUGGAGCCAACACAGCGUGAAUGCAACAAUCUUUUCUGUGGAAUGGACACAAGGUUCCUGGCCGAAGCUUUCAACGUCAAUGAACAACUGGCUAGAAAGCUUAGGAACGAGAACGACGUCAGAGGCAACAUUGUGAGAGUGGAAGGUAACCUUCAGCUAGUGAGGCCACCAAGAACACAGCAAGAGAGACAAGAGCAAUUACAGCGAGAGAGAGGAUUUGGAAGACGCCCCAAUGGCCUGGAGGAGACCUACUGCAGCGCCAGAAUUAUAGAGAACAUCGGUGAUCCCACUCGUGCUGAUGUCUUCGUCCCAGAAGCUGGUCAUGUAAGAACAGUAAACAGCCACAACCUCCCUAUUCUUGAGAGGAUGCAACUCAGCGCUUCCCAUGUGGUUCUCCGCGAUAAUUCGGUGAGGUUACCACACUUGCACAUGAACGCCCACAGCGUACUAUACGCGGUGAGAGGUCAAGCGCAGGUUCAGGUGGUGGAUGAAAACGGCAACGCUGUCUUCGACGGAAACGUCCGGGAGGGGCAGGUACUGACGGUGCCACAGAACUUUGCAGUGGUGAAAAGGACGGACAAGGAUGUAUUCGAAUAUGUAGCGUUCAAGACCGACGACAAUGCCAUGACAAAUGACCUUGCAGGGCGUGCGUCGACCAUGAGGGCACUGCCAGUGGAGGUGAUCGCCACAGCAUACAGAUUACCGCUGGAGGACGCACGGAGGCUCAAGUUUGCGACGCAGGAGACGACCCUGACAAGCGUAAGGCCUCGGCCUGGAAGGUGGGCUGAUGCAUAAGGCAUAAUAUAAGUAAAAACAAAGUCUAAAAUAAUGGGUAAGGAGGCAGGCAGAAGCCUUUUUUGGCGAGUACGUAGUUUUAAGAAAAAUAUGAGAGGUCCGAGAGAAUGAGAUUACAAGGAGAAUUUGAGUCUCUUACUUAUGGGAAUAAAAAGAAAAAAAUGUAAUCUUUUCUGA